GCCAUGAAUCAUCGAGGACAGCAUGAACAGCUAUGGGUCAGAGGGAAACUUGAACUACAGUGGAAUGUGUUUGGCGUCUGAUGCCCAGUUUAGUGAUUUUCUGGACGGAAUGGGACCGGCUCAGUUUGUGGGCAGACAGACACUCGCUACAACUUCAAUGGGAGAUGUAGAGAUCAGUCUGAUGGAGAGAAAUGGCCAGCUGGAGGUGGAGGUCAUUCAGGCUCGAGGACUCAUCAUGAAGCCUGGAUCUAAAGGCCCUCCAGCGGCCUACAUUAAAGUGUAUCUUCUGGAAAAUGGCAUCUGCAUUGCCAAAAAGAAGACAAAGUCUGUCCGGAAAUCGCUAGAUCCUCUUUACAAUCAAGUCCUUGUGUUUUCUGAGAGUCCGCAGGGAAAAGUUGUACAGGUGAUCGUCUGGGGAAACUACGGCCGGAUGGACCGUAAGUGCUUCAUGGGCGUGGCUCGCAUCCUAUUGGAGGAGCUGGAUUUGUCGAGCAUGGUGAUUGGCUGGUACAAGCUGUUCCCCACCUCCUCAAUGGUGGACCCUACGAUGGCUCCGCUGAUCCGACACUCGUCUCAGCUUUCUCUGGAGAGCACGGUCGGGCCCUGCUGCGAACGUUCCUAAAAUAAAAAAAAAAACACACAUUAUCUGUUUCUCUGGAAGGGCUCUCACUGCGCCCCAUCCCAAAGAGAGCUGACUGUGCAAUGACUGGUGCACCGGAGCCCUCUGGAAUGUUCUAGAAUUUCCACAAGAACACAAAUGAGCUUUCUGGAAUAUUCCAGAAUCGACAUGGAGAGGCGAUAUGAUUAAAAACCUCUGAGAGACUUGAGGAAGAACACAGACUAGACUUUCAACACAGUCUGUUUACAUCCUCCUGAGGAAAAACGUGCUCCAUUUUGAGAGGAUUGAGUAAAAAACACGGAUGGGUUUCGUGCAAUAUGACUUAUAGUGAAGAAUGUAUCGGUAAAAAAACUAAAACGUGCGGGUUUGCAUUCAUUCAUUAUUAUUUUUGGCGUAAUUAACAAUACAGGAAUAGAUAUAUGUCUUAAAACGAUUCAAUAUGUGUAGCUUGAGAAGUGUUCGUGGGUCAUGCUUUUGAUCUCUGUUUCUGUUCUGUCGUUUUUUUUUUCUUUCUCAUUACUGAAACAGUGCCAAUGCUGCCAGCAAGUGGCUUUAUUUGUGGUCUGUGCGUCUGUAUUCGGUGACUAGAGGCUUUGUGGAUCAAUAAUCUAGGCAGACACACAUUUAAGAAGACAGAUGCUGAUUUUUCUCACAAUCUUUUUUUUCCUGAGGUAACAGUGGCAUGUUUUGGAUCAGGAAUUUUUGACGUCAUUGUAAAUUUUUCAGUUAUUCCCCCUCUACAAUUAAUGUAUGGUGAAGAGACAACUGAUGCAAGACACCGUAUCAUUAGAUUAUAAAGUGAUUAUGGUACAAAUGUUAAAUAUAUAGAAGUACAAUAGUGGCCAAUAGACAUGGGUUUUUAAUGUUUAAAAAAUUCAGAGAAUAUAAAUAUAGUUGAAAUCAAAAUUAUUAUACCCUUAAUAUUUCCCAAAUGAUGUUUAACAGAGCAAGGAAAUUUUCACAGUAUGUCUGAUAAU